AUGGACAGCACAGACGCUGCAGCAACAGCAAUAUGGGCGUUUGCCGCCGCUCCGGCGGAAGGCGUGCCAGCCUUGGAGUUGCUUGCGCAUGAGUACGCAUGGCUGAGCGCGCUCCCUUUCGAUGAUCUUCUGACGCACAGUGGCUCUCAUCAGGGGCGGCUGACGGGCGCACGUGAGCUGAUGAGCUCCCUUCUGUCGGUGUCGAUGCCGUGCCCUUCGCCUGCGCAGGUGUCGCUGUACGUGGUCCUGGCGUCACGCGUGUACCUGGCACUGUUCUUGGAUACGGUGGAGCGUAAGCGCCGACUUCUACGGUCGGAGAAGUCGGAUACAUUUACUUGUGUGAACGAGGGCUGUUUUCUGGCACGCGUGCACGCGACAAUGCAAGCAUGGACGCGUGAUCUCGUCCCUUUUCUCGUGCACUGGGUUCUGCCGCGCCUUCAUCUCCGUGACGCGGAGCCUACCGCGGUCAGAGCUUCGAACCCGAUAGGUCGUUUACCUAGUGCGCCGGGCCUGGAAGCGGAUGACGACGCCGAGAGCAAGCCCAGAGAGCAGCAAAGGGAUCUCCUCGAGGCACUUCAUGUGUACCGCGUGCGCGAGGAGCUGGUGCGUUUUGUCGUCGCGCUCUGCCGCACUACAGGCGACGAAGAUGAUGCUGCCGCCGCGCUGCUGCUGGCAGCGUACGCUACACUGUGCAACACAGAAGCCUGUCCCUCCCUGUCUUUACCCCGACCACUUCGAGGGUCGACGACCGCCACCCUGCAACAGUGGCGCGCACGCUUUUUGCAAGAGAUGGGCCCAAGUGCCCCGAACAGCGUGACAGCUCAGCGUGGAGCCCCGUCUGAGACGGCGGCGGACGAUGACCUCGGCGCCAGUUUCACCGAAUGUCUCGCGCGCCUCCGCGAGGUUGCGGGCGAGGUGCACUGCUACCACUCCAGAGAUUCCCUUUCGUUUGCACUCGCUGCUUUGCAGGCUUCCGGGCUCUCCGGUGGCCAUGGCGGCACAUUACACCUCGCUGACGUCGAGAGGGGCACCGCACCGCCGGACAGCACCGCAGCCAGCCUCGCCGUGGAGCACGAUCGAGAAGUAGAGGCGUUCACGUUGGUGGCGCUGGACGGGGUGGAUGCCCAUUCAAGGGAGGCCGCGGCAGGGUCUCCGGCGGAGUACUUUUCUUUGCCGCUGUGUCGGCAGGGAGCGCUGUUGCUUCUCGCUGACGUGCUUCGGCACCAGGUCACGGCAGCGGCGCAGCCGUCAUUCGCGUACUCGGUGUCCGCUUCGUCGCUGCUUCUCGGCGUCGCCGAUGCGUACAUUGUAGUUCUGCGUUGCGUGCGCAGCGCUGCCGCGCUCCUGCGGCAUUUGCUGUUUUUGCACGAUCUUCUGUCCGCUGUGCCCAAGUACACGCUCUGUUGUGCCGAAGAAGCGCAGCGCAGCGAGCUACGCUCCGGUAGGCAACAGGGGCUCGAAUCGUGCCACACGAGACGCUACGAGGCGUUUUUUGACCUGGCAAGGGAGCUGCUGAUCAUCUCUGCCAUGUGCCCGGUCGAUGAACACCGACGAAUGGCCCGCACGGUGGCACUGGAGCUUCUGGGGCGACUUGAGGAGCGGACGCGGGUCCGCAUGCACGGCUCACUUAUGGCUCUUUGCCCCUACCCGUCCAUCGCCCGCUUCUUCCUGGAAGAGUUGCUGCGCGAGUGGCGUGCGGCGAAAAGCGAGAGCGAUCAUCUCACCGAGCGGCAGACAUCGCCGAUGCACUCGAUGAUGCCUUUUGUAAUUCAGGAGUGCGUUCAAGCUUUCCUCACGCAAGUGUCGAGCGGCACGAGCGGCUUCGUGGACCCGCUGGUUGUCGUGUUGAACUUUGUGCGUGUGGAGGUGAGUCAGCAGGCAUGGAUUCGCUCAUCGUGCACGCCGGCUGCGAUGUCGGGGGCCGGUGACAAAGAUGCCUCUGUGCGCUGCGCAUGGUGCCACCUGGUGCGUGCUCUCCGCGAGCAACUUCUUCCUCGAUGCCGCACUCUUAUGACAAGCGCUGCGACUGCAUCCGAAGUGCAUCAGACGAAAUCCUUUGCCGUGGAGGUGUCUCUCACGCCGCUCGACUUGUUCUCGCUCAGCUGCGCCGUCGAGGGCCUCGAGGAGGUGCUAACGUAG